CUCAUGACGUAACAAUGUCAACAUUCUCAUAGCUCCUCUGUAACACAUCUGAUACUGCCUCAGAAAUCAGCCUUUGACGAUGAUUGUGUAUCGAAAGAAAGUGAAGGCUUAGGUAGCCCAAAUCAGUCUUCAUUCAGAACUUGUCGUCGUAUAGCUUAGAUAUAAAGCUGAUACUAUUAGCUUAGCUGUCAAGACGUAGGAGAACUGUACUUACUAAGUUUCACGAUGGAACCUCCUGUUUCAAGAUCCAGGCUCGAAAUCAAUUUCAUCCGUCUUCUUGAAGAAGCACAACAAAUGGCAAAUGAAAAUAAGCCUAAAGACUGGACGUUUGAAAAGUAUAUUGGCUGGCUUCAGGAAAAGAUACCAGAAAUGGAAAAAAGUCCAAAUGCUCCUAAUGAAGAAACAUUAAAGCAUUACAAGAGACAAGUUGACUUCUUGAAAGGAGUUAUUGAUGCUGAAAAUUGCGCAAAAGUGAUUGAUUCUGGCACAGCCACUCAAAUGAUUCCUCAUGGUCCAGCAACUACUAGUGAUCACACUGUGACUCAACAGAUUCAUCACCGUGCUCAAGUAAAAACUACAAACAGGUUACGGCAAGAUUUGCUGGGCUUAGAUCCCAGAGAUGGCAGUGAUCUUAGAAAUCGUGGUGCGGGAUUAUCAGAUGUUAGUGCUGAAGACUUUCAAAGUCAGUUAUUGACAGAUGAGCAAAAGCGAGAGAAAAUGGUGGAGGAUAUGAUCAUAAUGACCAAAGAAUGGAAAGAACAAUCCAAAAUUGCUAAGAAAAUUAUACAGAAAGAUAUUGAUGUUCUUGAUAAGUCUUCAAAACUUGCUGAUUCCAAUCAAGGGCAUCUUAAAAUUGAAUCAAAUAGGUUGGCUGACUACAAUAAGAGAGGAUGCAAUUUCUGGAUUUGGAUUAUGAUCAUCCUUGUGUGCUUUACAUUUAUAGGUAUGGUAAUGUUCAUCCGCAUAUUUCCAAAGAGGCAGACUUAGUAAUUCAACAAGGUAGCUGAGGGAACUGUGUAUGUCGUAGACCAUUUAACCAUAAUCUUAAUAAUUGCAAUACAUUUUUUCUAAUG